AGCGCAUUUUGCAAAACAUUUGUUAGAUUUCAGAGUGCGGCAGCCUGUUUCUCCUCUGAAGUUGGCUCCAGCCCUAGCAGCCGCAUUGGAUCCCACAGCCUAUUGCGAGACUCCGGUAUACAAUCCGGAUCUCUGCCCCAACAUGAUCGCGGCCCAGGCCAAGCUGGUGUAUCAUCUGAAUAAAUACUACAACGAGAAAUGCCAAGCCAGGAAAGCUGCCAUCGCCAAAACGAUCCGCGAAGUCUGCAAAGUGGUCUCGGACGUGCUGAAGGAGGUGGAGGUGCAGGAGCCUCGCUUCAUAAGUUCCUUGAACGAGAUGGACAAUCGCUAUGAGGGGCUGGAAGUCAUCUCCCCGACGGAAUUUGAAGUCGUGCUGUAUCUGAACCAAAUGGGGGUUUUCAACUUCGUGGACGACGGCUCCUUGCCGGGCUGCGCGGUGUUAAAGUUAAGCGACGGGCGCAAGAGGAGUAUGUCUCUCUGGGUGGAGUUCAUCACGGCGUCUGGCUACCUCUCCGCUCGCAAAAUCCGGUCCAGAUUUCAGACUCUGGUGGCUCAAGCCGUGGAUAAGUGCAGUUACAGAGACGUGGUAAAGAUGGUGGCGGACACCAGCGAAGUGAAGCUGAGGAUCAGGGACAGGUACGUCGUGCAGAUCACGCCGGCGUUCAAAUGCACGGGGAUCUGGCCGCGGAGUGCUGCCCACUGGCCGCUUCCCCACAUCCCCUGGCCGGGACCCAACAGGGUGGCGGAGGUCAAGGCGGAGGGCUUCAACCUCUUAUCAAAGGAGUGCCACUCGCUGGCCGGCAAGCAGAGCUCGGCCGAGAGCGAUGCCUGGGUGCUGCAGUUCGCCGAAGCCGAGAACAGACUGCAGAUGGGCGGCUGCAGGAAGAAAUGCCUCUCUAUCCUCAAAACCUUACGGGACCGUCACUUGGAGCUGCCGGGCCAGCCCUUGAAUAAUUAUCACAUGAAGACUCUGGUUUCCUACGAAUGCGAAAAGCACCCCCGCGAGUCGGACUGGGACGAGUCGUGCCUGGGGGACCGGCUCAACGGGAUUUUACUGCAGCUCAUCUCCUGCCUCCAGUGCAGGAGGUGCCCGCAUUACUUCUUGCCCAACUUAGACCUCUUUCAGGGCAAACCUCACUCGGCCCUGGAAAACGCGGCCAAACAAACGUGGCGACUGGCUAGGGAAAUACUUACCAACCCGAAAAGUUUAGAGAAACUUUAG